AUGGCCAUUGAGACAAUUUGCUUCAAGCUGAAAAGGGGUCAUCAUCAAAGGGAAACGAACUACAAGGGAUCCGAGAAAGAAGAGGAGGGUACUCUGAGGGACGGGACACAAUUUGACAGCAGUAUCCCUCGAGGAGAACCAUUCGUGUUUACAUUAGGAGUGGGACAAGUUAUCAAAGGAUGGGAUCAAGGACUAUUAAAUAUGUGUGAAGGAGAAAAGAGGAAACUUGUAAUCCCAUCAGACCUUGGUUAUGGGGACAGAGGAGCUCCCCCUAAGAUCCCAGGUCGUUCGCGGGGAAUGCCGAGGACAGGCAGUCGCCAUCGAGUUCUACAUUAAAAGUGAUGAAUCCGAACCCUUCAGGCAUUACCGCGAGGCGCGCAAGGAACUGAACAAGCUGCU